GAGCUCUGUAUCAUUUCUGCUUUGGUAGCCGAGCCGCCCGGAUAUCCUGUGAUUGUCUAUCGCAAUAAUGGCAGAUCUCAACAUUCGCCCAAUAUCGGAUAUCCUUCGUAAGAAAGCCAAAGCAGAAUUAAAUGAAAAUGAAAAUCUUAUCGCCGGUGAAUUGGAAGCCAUUCGCACCUGGAUGAAACAAUCGCAACACAUCCGAGGUAGGACAGACGAUCAAUUUCUGGUGGGUUUUCUACGAGCUUGCAAGCAUAGUAUUCAACGGGUAAAGGAAAAGAUGGACAUUUACUACUCAAUUCGAUCAGUACUACCGGAAGUCAUGGCCAAUAGAGAUCCACUGGAUCCAUUCGUUCGACAGGUUAUCAAAAUGGGUGUAUCUGUACCAUUACCAAAGACAGUGAACUCAGAUGAUCCAAAAAUUAUGCUCAUUCGGGGCAAUGCAUUCAAUGGAGAUGUUUGUGACUUUCCGGAUAUUCUGAAAGUAUUUACAAUGAUAGGCGAUAUUCAGUUUCGAGAUGAUGAUCAAAUGUUGAUCUGUGGUGAAACGGCUAUAGUUGAUCUUGGAAAUUCAUCGAGCGGGCACUUUUUCAACUUCAACUUAUCAUUUUUGAAGAAGGCAGCCAUCCUAAACCAACAAGGAAGUCCUUUGCGGCAGAAAGGCUUCCACUUUAUAAACACUCCUAGAGGAUUUGAUAUCGUGAUAAACGUGUUCAAAGGUCUAAUGACGGAAAAGAAUCGUGAUAAAACGAUAAUUUCCCAUGGAUCCAGUUUGGAAUCGUUACAUAAAUAUUUCCCAAAAUCAAUUCUGCCAGCAGAAUACGGUGGAGAUUUGGGUCCUGUGCAGCAGUUUGUGGACGAUUGGGAACAAAAACUAAUUGACAAUCGAGAAUAUUUGAUCCAAGACCAGAGUCUAGGCGUUGACGAAAGCAAACGCAGAACGACGAAUCCAAUCGCUGAGGAAAAGGAUCUUUUUGGAACGGUCGGCUCAUUCCGAAAGCUAGAGUUAGACUGAUAAGUUUGAAUGCAUUUCAAUUUGCCCUAGAAUUUCAAUGAAGCAUCGUUCCAUUAGAAUAAGAGUUU